AGCUGUCUUAGCCGUAAUUUGUUUAGAAAAUUAUUGUGUUCGACAGAAAGUGAAUUUCAAUUCGAAGCGUGCGCUGAAGUUUUAUUUGAAUUUUAUAAUUUAUCAUUGAUUAUCGUUGUGAAUAUACUAGAUGCUGUUUAAAAAUUAGUUAUACAUCGGAAGGACAUAUUAAUUAUCAUGAAACAAAUUACACCAAGAAAGGAUAAUUUAAAAUAUGAUGAUGAAAAUGUGAAAUAUAAGUUGAAUACUGUUUACGUCAACAGCGCUAAAUCAAAGUCGAAAAAAUCAAAGAAGCAAGAUGACGAUGACGGCGUUCGAUACAAACUUGCACCAAUAACACCUAAAUCUAAAGCAAUUGACAAAAGAAAGUCCAAACCCAAAAUUAAAGUUAACUUUUGGAGUAAUAAACAUCUAGUGCAAAGUAAAAAUGCAACAAAUAAAAAAGAUUCUAAGCAAAGGCAUACAAUUUGUACCACAGAUCAUUCAGAUAAACAAAAAGUUCCAGUAGUUAAAGUUCGAAAACGGGUGUCCUUUCUGCCAUCACCAGUUUUUACAGAUGAUCAUGUGCCAAUGGUGACUGUACCAGAUGAUUUAACAAUACAACUAAACUCUGCAAAUGCCAAAGCAAUGGAGGAUGGUUUAAAUCUAAUUUAUGUGAAUGAAACAGAUAUUAAUAAUUUGCAUGAACAAAACAGAAAGAAAUCAAAGACGUCAACAACUCAAACCAGUCCGCGAACCUCAAAAGGCUGUAACAGUGUUCAAACAAAUUGGGGCAAUGAAAAUGAACUAGAGUUUUUCUCUAAAUAUGUUGUUCAAAAGUUGAGAAGAAUGGAGACAAAUCAACGCAUUUAUGCAGAAAACUUAAUAAAUACAGUCCUUAUGUUCGGACAGUUGAGAAAAUUAAAUGGAAAAUCAAAAAUUUUAGAAGCGUAGCCUAAAAAAGAUUUACAUAUUUGAGGAACUUGUAAUAAACUUUUGUGUUAAUUUAACAAAGUACAUGUUUGCAAUACUUUACAGAUCUCACAAACAUUUAACAACAUAUCAUUUAAACCAAUUUAUGAGUGUAAUAUUUAAGACAUUAUUUUAGUAGUUUCCGGAAAAGAUAUAUAUGAAAAUAAAUAAGUAGAUUAAAUUUUUUACAUCUAGUUAUGUCACUGCAAUAUGACAUGAAGUACAGUAGGUGCUAUGAAGUAAUGUUUAAGGUUAAAUGAGGUAAUCUUUAGUUAACGUUUACAAUUUAUUUGAAUUAAGAAAUGUUUGACUUGUAUACUAUAAAGGUACAAAUUAUUUACAACUUUUAUAAUAGUUGCAUGUUUUUAUUAAAAAUUUAGUUUCCAUAAUACUUCAAUACAAAGCACAAUUUAAGGUAGCAAACUUAAUCUUGUUCUGUAUUAUGGCUCUAAAAUGUAUUCUUGUUUCAUUACUUUUAAAUUAUUUCU